AUGCCGGCCUCUUCAUCCAUGCGCGAGGCCAGUUCCAAUGGCCCCGCUGCCUCAACGGCCGCCAGUACUUUAACUCUCACCAACAACCUCAAACAUUUUUCGUCGGGACUUGCCGGUGGUAUCGUCUCUGCAAUAGUCUUGCAGCCUGCCGAUUUACUCAAAACCCGGGUCCAACAGUCGCAUGAUGCAAGAUUAAUCCCUACAGUUCGCGCAAUCCUCUCCGGUCCGAAUCCCAUAUCGACGCUAUGGCGAGGUUCGAUACCUUCUGCCAUCCGCACAGGGGUCGGGAGUGGACUUUACUUUGCUACUCUCAACAUCUUUCGGAAAACCGUUCAUAACUCGACAUCUACGAAACCAUCGACUGUUACGAACUUGUUAACUGGUUCGGCAGCUCGUGUCUUUGCUGGAUUCGUCAUGAUGCCGAUUACUAUCAUCAAAGUUCGUUACGAAUCUACGUUCUAUUCUUACAAUUCCAUACCUCAUGCUUGCAGAGAUAUAUUCGCAAAGGAAGGGGUACGAGGGUUCUUCUCUGGCUUUGGAGCGACGGCGAUAAGAGAUGGCCCGUAUGCUGGUGUAUACGUUAGUUUUUACGAGGCUUCUAAGGGUGUAUUCAGGAGGUUAUACAGUUCGGGUGAAAGGGUCGGUGUGGUUGAUCAUGAACAGUCCGCGGCUUUGGUAAACUUGUCGUCGGGACUUACUGCUGGUGUAUUGGCAACCGCGGCGACUAAUCCGUUCGAUGCUCUGAAGACGAGGAUACAACUGUUCCCGGAAACUUAUACGAAUCUGUGGGUUGCAGGAAGGAAAGUCAUUGGUGAAGAAGGGUUCAUGGCACUCUUUGAUGGGCUGGGCUUGAGGAUGGGGAGGAAGGCUUUAAGUAGUGCAGUUAUGUGGACUGCAUACGAAGAAGGGAUGAGGAGAUGGGCCUUAGCGGCCAAGCAGAAGGGUGGGAAUGCAGAAGUCUAA